AUGGUCAAGCUUCGGGGCACCAGGUGCAGAUGCGGCAGAGCCCAGCCAGUCUUUGGGAUGCCAGGUGAUGAGAGAGGCACUUGUUGCAGCAAGUGCAAAGUUGAAGGCAUGGUUGACAUAAAGCAUCGCAGAUGCAAGUGUGGCAGAACUCAGCCCAGGUACGGCUUUGCUGGGGAUGCCCAGGCUUCUUGCUGCAGCCACUGCAAGGAUGAGCGAAUGACAGAUAUUGUCGAGCGAAGAUGCAGGUGUGGCUCCGCAAGACCUAGUUUCGGUUUUGCCCAUGACGAGCAAUCGUCUUGCUGCGUCAAGUGCAAACUUGACGGCAUGGUGGACAUCAGGAAUCCAAGAUGCAAGUGUGGCAAGGCUCAGCCAUCUUUCGGCUUUGUCAAUGACGCAAAGCCCUCUUGCUGCAGCAAGUGCAAAGCUGAUGGCAUGGCAAAUGUUGUGAGUCCAAGGUGCAAGUGCGGCAGAGCCAUUCCUAGCUUUGGUGUUGCUGGGGAUCCACGGCCCACUUGCUGCAGCAAGUGCAAAGAGGAAGGCAUGAUGGACAUCAAAAGUCCCAGGUGCCAAAUUUGCAAAAAGCUUGCUUCUUAUCCAGAUGCGGCUGGUCGACCAAAGCAACUUUGCGCAGCGCAUUCUGCCGAGGUGGGAGCUCACACACUUUCGUCCCCUGGUCGAUCCCGCAUUGCCAGCAAGUUCUUUGAUGCCUUGGAGACUGAGCUCGGCCAUGAGAUGCCCUUCCGCUACAGAUUCGAUGCGGAAACUGUCACCUGGUCAGGCAAGGAGGUUGCAGGACUGGUGGCAGAUCGCAACCUGCAGCCAGAUGCAUACGACCCAAAAAGCGGCAUGAUGGUUGAAUUCUUUGGAAAUUACUACCAUGGCUUUCCGCCGGAGCAUGUGCAGUAG